AUAUUUAAUGCAUAAAGUAGCAUUAUAUAUAUAUGCAGAUGGAUAAUGUAAAUUUGAUCGCGCUGUAUUUAAUUAGUAUUGUUUCUCUGUAGAUUAUUUAAGUUAAAUUUGUUACAUUCCCAGAUGGUAUCCUGCCCAGUUUCGCGUAAAGCUUUCAUCAAUUCAGCCUUGGAGGUCGCGCGGAAUCUCGGGUUUGACGGGAUGGAUCUCGAUGGGGAGUCUCCCGAGAACCCGAAGCAAAUGCUAGACUUGAGCAUACUAUUUAACGAAUGGUGGGAAGCAAUCAAGGCGGAGGCAAAGGCUACACCGCGCUCCUCUGCUGCUCACGGCGGCGGAGGACCAACGCCACGGUGGCACGACAUGGUUUACGUAUCAGCAUAUUCCUUUGUGAUGACAUCUUGGAUUCACCACAAAAAAGUGAUUGGGCGUGAUGAUGCCACAUCCGCAACGAUCGAAGUGAAAUAUGCUUAUGCAGUUGGGCUUCCAACACCUUAUUCCUGACCUAUUUAUCAACAGCAAAAUCAUCAAAAACGCUAUUUGUUAUUUGAAGGGUUAAAACAACAACAGUGAAUUAUGCUUUGCUGUUGAUAAAUAGGUUAUAUUGUCGUAUUUCUGCCUGAAUCUCUGUUGUGUUUUGAAUAAUAAAGAGGCGCUCAGGAAAUUAGGGGCGCAUGUCUUGAUCUUCAGUGUAACUCUGCAGUUGUGUAAUUAAUUAUAAUCACAUGA